AUAAGUUCUCUGAUCUUCUCAGACUGGUCAUACCUCUGAUUGCUCAAUUCGGAAAAUGGCGUCAAUGGUUGCCAAGGGGAGUAGUUGUACCACUCAACUCUCUCCCUCUAUGACUGUUCAAGAAAAGGGUAGUAGAAACAAGAGGAAGUUCCGAGCUGAUCCACCUUUAGCAGACCCGAAUAAGAUUUUGCCUUUACCUCAAACUGAAUGUGCAGGUUACGAAUUUUCAGCGGAUAAGUUUGAAAUAAGCCACCAGAAUCAUGGACAAACAAGUGUCUGUGACCUGUGUUUUGUGAAUCAAGACCAUUCUGAUGGGUUGAAACUUGACCUUGGGUUGUCCAGUGCUGUUGGUUCAUCUGAGGUUGGGCCAAGCCGGCCUAGAAGGGAAUCAGAGGCAGAUGAGUUUCAAGAUGCUGAUUGGAGUGAUCUCACAGAAACCCAGCUUGAAGAACUUGUUCUGAGUAAUUUGGACACAAUCUUCAAGAGUGCAAUUAAAAAGAUUGUUGCUUGUGGUUACACUGAAGACGUUGCUACAAAGGCUGUUUUGCGGUCUGGUCUUUGUUAUGGGUCUAAAGACACUGUGUCUAAUAUAGUGGAUAAUACUUUAGUUUUUCUUAGGAGUGGCCAAGAAAUUGAUCCUUCAAGGGAGCACUGUUUUGAAGAUUUACAGCAGCUAGAGAAGUACAUAUUGGCGGAACUGGUUUGUGUUCUUCGUGAGAUUAGGCCUUUCUUCAGCACUGGCGAUGCAAUGUGGUGCCUAUUGAUAUGUGACAUGAAUGUCUCUCAUGCUUGUGCAAUGGAUGGUGACCCCAUAAGCAGUUUCCUCAAUGAUGGCACUUCAAAUGGAAGUUCACCCAUUUCAAAUCAACCUCAGUCCAAACUAGAAGCCAAAAAUUCAGAGUUGGGCCUUUUGAAUGCUGGUAAACCGUUUUCAACAAUGUCGGGUUCUCCUAGUUCACAGCCUGAGACAUCUAAACUAAGAAAUUCAGGUAACAAUGGAUUACUCUCAGAAAAAGAGGGCACAAACGGAACAUCUCCAUCUCCUGCUGUAGAGGAAAAGCUUGUGGGCGCUAGAAAGGUCCAUUCUAUUAGUACUAAAAGAGAAUACAUGCUUCGACAAAAGUCACUUCAUUUGGAGAAAAAUUACCGUGCAUAUGGAUGUAAAGGGUCUUCAAGAGCAGGGAAGCUGAGUGGUUUGGGUGGUUUAAUUUUGGAUAAGAAGUUAAAAUCAGUGUCAGACUCAACCGCUCUUAAUUUAAAGAAUGCAUCUUUGAAAAUAAGCAAGGCGAUGGGAGUUGAUUUGCCUAAAGACAAUGGGAACCACAUUCUUUCUUCCAAUGCUGGGCCUUCUUCUCCUGGAGUUUUUAGCGUGGACGCUGAGAAUGCUACUUCGGUUUUGCCUUUAAACAGUUUGUCAUCUAUCUUACCUUCUGCGAAUACUUCAACAGCAUUACCAGCCCCCGUUGCUGCAAAAGCAUUGUCGCCAGCCAAUACUCCACCUGCAUUAUCAGCUGCUGAUACUGAGCUUUCUCUUUCGCUGCCAACAAAAAGCAGCACUACCCCAGUGCCUGUUAGCUUUAACUCAGAUACCCCGAAUUCUAUUUUUGCUGGGAUACCUUUUGAUAAGUCCUUGGGGCAGUGGGUACCCAGGGACAAAAAAGAUGAGAUGAUUUUGAAGUUGGGUCCUAGGGUGCGGGACCUGCAAAAUCAGCUGCAGGAGUGGACAGAGUGGGCUAACCAGAAGGUUAUGCAGGCUGCCCGUAGGCUAGGUAAGGACAACGCUGAACUUAAGUCAUUAAGGCAAGAAAAAGAAGAAGUUGAACGGCUGAAGAAAGAGAAGCUGACAUUGGAGGAGAACACCAUGAAGAAACUCGCUGAGAUGGACAAUGCAUUGUGCAAGGCCAGUGGUCAAGUUGAAAAAGCAAAUUCGGCCGUCCGGAGACUUGAAGUGGAGAAUGCUGCACUAAGGCAGGAAAUGGAGGCUGCCAAGUUACGCGCUGCAGAGUCGGCUGCAAGCUGUCAAGAGGUAUCAAAGAGGGAGAAGAAGACACUCAUGAAAUUUCAAUCAUGGGAAAAGCAGAAAGCCUUGUUCAACGAAGAACUUGUCACAGAAAAACGCAAGUUAAAACAGCUGCUACAGGAAUUAGAGCAAGCCAGAGAUCUCAAGGAACAAUUGGAGGCUAGAUGGCAACAAGAGGAGAAAUCAAAGGAAGAACUACUUGAGCAGGCAAGUUCAAUAAGAAAAGAAAGGGAACAACUUGAGGCUUCAGCAAAAACCAAGGAGGAUCAGGUCAAGCUGAAAGCAGAAAGCAAUCUGCAGAAGUACAAAGAUGAUAUCCAGAAUCUCGAGAAAGAAAUCUCCCAGUUGAGACUCAAGAGUGAUUCUUCGAAGAUUGCAGCCCUUCGGAGGGGUGUAGAUGGAAGUUAUGCCAGCAAGGUAACAGAUGUUGAAAAUAGUCUGGAUCAGAAGAGCUCCCAGAUGCCAUAUAUCUCAGAAGUAGUGAAGGAUCUGCAUGACUACUCCGAGACAGGAGGGGUGAAACGCGAAAGGGAGUGUGUGAUGUGCCUCUCCGAGGAAAUGUCUGUGGUUUUCCUCCCAUGUGCCCAUCAAGUGGUCUGCAGAACUUGCAACGAGCUCCAUGAGAAACAGGGUAUGAAGGACUGUCCAUCGUGCAGGAGCCCCAUACAAUGGCGUAUUUCUGUACGUUAUGCUCGAUCUUAAACUAUCUUAUGGGAUCAAGUGAGUGUUCUGAAUAAAGAUUGUUGGACUCCUAUGAACUGAAUAAAUGCGUUUGGAUCACUCCUUUAUAAGUUUUGACAGACAAGUUUGCCUUGUAUUCCAAUGUUGAUGCUGUUGGUUGGAUAAUUUUCUCACCAUUUGCUCAACAAUGCACUAGUUUGAAAUCAAUAGGGGCUAUGUGUUGUAGCCUUAAAUUUUGAUCUCAUAUCACAGUUUCGGUUC